AUAACAUCAUGGUUAUUGAUACUUCUUCUAAAACUAUUAUUUCAUGUCUUGCAUCAUCUCGUAAAAGAAGACGUACUUCCAGUCAAUUACAUGUCCGAUUCUGUACUCAACCUCAAAUCAUUACUUAUUACUCCCGAUCAGACAGAGAUGGGUUACUCUUUGAUAUGCCUUCUUCCCCCAAAGAACACAAACAGGAUCCAUUCAUUCUUUUAUCCAUCAAUUUCUUUGAAAGCCCACUAAAAAGAAAGGCUAAAUUCACAAGUAAACGACCCAAGUUGACAAUAGAUACCAGCAAUUUGAGUGGACCUCUUUAUUUUACAAACAUGACAACCAAUCAUGCAAAACAUAUCUUGAAGGCUGACUUGGAAAAAGAACAAGAAGAAGAUCCCAUUGAUAUGGAAACAAGAGAAAAUACGAGAAGAAAUAGUUUGCCUCUCUAACCCUGUUCUCCUUUUUCUGAUUUUCUCUACAUAUACGAUUAAAGGUGUUUUAUUUAUAAAAUAUAUAUGACCAUUGUGGGC